AACACAGCCAAAAUAGAACCAGCUUCCGGUUAAUUAUGGCGGCGGCGGCGAGAGACAAAGACAUAGAAAUUAAAAAUUAGAGCAAGUGUUAUAAAAUAUAUGUUGAAUUUAUUUGAAUCAGGAAGAAAGAAACUUUAUUUCACAUGUUUCAUCAAGUAACAUACAGGAGUUAGUGAUUAAAAACUAGCGAAAAAAGAAAACAUUGUCAGCAAGUUAUUUUAUAGAAAUAUUUGAGAGAGAAAAGAAAUUAAGAGUAACCAUGGCAACUCCAGAUAUGGAUGUGAUCAAAGAAAUCCCAGGAUAUAAGGUCAUCCUGAAGGCUGUUCUAAAGAGCCAGAUUCAGCAGUUAGUAGAACAGUUGGCAAGUACCACAGAGGAAGAGUCUGUGAUGUUAACAGCCAGUGUAGCUGAUGGUACGCUGUGUCAUCUAGGCUCGGACUCGGGCAAGGUGUUCUUGGAGGAUCAUGAAGAUAUCAAAUCACAGUUUCUAGGCUUCUGUCUCAAAAGACAUCAUAAAAAGAAGCAAGAGAAAGAAAGACGGGAGGCCCAGGAAAGGGAGGAAGCACUGGCCCGCAGUAUGCAGGCAGUUACCCCACCCAGGUAUGAUGGUAUGGGAGGGGGCUUUAUGGCCCAUCGUUCUCCUCGGUACCAUUCCCCACAGCAGGGACUUCAUCCUGUUUCACUCAGCAGAGCCUCACCAGGAGCCCGUAUGCGCUCUCCUAGUAAUAGACAUCAACCAUAUCCAAUGACACGGCCAGUGAGAGCACCAUUAAACUUUGAGCAACAGGGACGCCCACCUGGACAGGGGCCAGGACCCAGUCCUGUGGGAGUACCGGUACGAAAUAAUAAACUUGAUGGGCAAGUGAUAAAAAUAGAACCUGAAGACGAAGAUGAUAAAACAGAUCAAAGUGCAAGUGAAAAUACGACUGUUCAAACACCUACUGUUCAAACUCCCACUGAUUUAAAUACAAAUAUUUCAGAAUCUAGUCAACCUUCAUCGCCAUCUGUCAAACCCUCCACACCCUCUCAAACACAAGGACCAUCAGCGUCGGAUAACGAAGAUGCAAAAUCAGAAUCAUCAACAUCCACCAUUCCAAACGAAGCAUCAGAUCUCAAAUUAAGUGACAGUGCCCCAACUGGGGGUCUUAGUUUAGAUUCAGACCUAUCAAAUAUAAUAUCAGCAUCAUCUGACUCAAACAUUCAGCAACCUUCAACCUCACAAGACUCAACAAGUGAACUUGGUACUACUGAAGGUUUAGAUCCAAAUGUUAGUGUUAAACUUGAAGCUGGUGGUUAUUCAGAAAUGGAUUUAGAAAUAACGGGUGUGGAGUUAGGUCAAAGUACUGUACAAGAGCCAAUGAGCUCUCAAGAAUGGAUGGCAAAUGUUCAAAAUGUUAUGCAAGGUGCUACUGGGAGUUCAGCAGAUAUGGCCGGUCAGCAGGGCUACAGUCUUGUAGAUGAAGUGGGAAGAGAAGACGCUAACAACAAGAGCCAGAGAAAGUCAGGUGGAUCCAGCUCGGGAUUUAAAUGUCAAGUGUGCAACAGAGAGCUAACAACAGCAUGGGGAUUAAAGUUACACAUGAGAACCCAUACUGGAGAGAAGCCCUACCACUGUCGGCAUUGUAACAAAAGAUUUAACCAGAAAGGAACACUCACAGCACAUAUGAUCACUCAUCUAAACAAAGAUUUCACUUUUUAAAAUAAUGUUUUUAACCCUUACCCUGCUAAAUUUUUAUAAUGAACAUUCCCAUCUUCCAAUUUGGAGAGUACCUUUAAUUGUUAAAAGGGGUGCAUACCAAAAUUUAAAAGAUACCGACUGAAUGGCAAACAGUACAGGUCGCGAUCAGACUGCACUGAUGGGCAGGCUGAUCUUAGUCUGCACUGGUCACAAAGGCAGAAUCACUUGCCCCAAGUAGGCUAAGGGUCAAUUAUGCAAUAGAUGAUUUUGAAAGAUUUUAGAAAGUCUUUGCUAUCAGCAUAUUGGAUUUUUAUGAAAGUGAAUAUUUUGUAAAAAUACAUUCCUACUGCAUUUGCAGUUUUCAAAAUCCCUAUUCGAUCCCUUCAAAAAUUGUCCGAAAGACAGUUUCAUUUCCAGUCCCAUUUUAAUUCUUUUUAUUUGAAAAAAAGAAUAUACAAAAUGCCACAGUCAAGUAUUAAUGGGGUUACAGCAGUUUAAUUAAAUUACAUUAACUGGAUUAAAUCAAGGUGAGGACAUGUUGUUGUGGCAAUUGUCAUUUUGUUGGUAAAUGAUUUUUGUCUUUCUGAACAACUUUAUGAAAGUCCAAUGGAUCGAACUCAUGCUGACAAAAUGAAGGUUACUAUGUAACAUAAGGAUUGUAUAAUACAGGGACAUUGAUUUAUAAUGUGAAAUCAUUUAAUGAAAUAUGAUCAUGGCUUUGGCCAAAAGUACUAUUUAAUGGUGAUAGCAAUUCAUGGCAUUCAACUUUCAGACAAAGUAUUUCCAAACCAUGUAAAAUUGCGAUACUGUUUGAUGUGACACUGUUAUAUUUGAUCAAGUGAAAAGCAGAUGGUAUUGUUCAAUUUUUUUUUGUAAUUGCAAAGGCAGCCAGAAUCUCGGAAAAGGAUAUUUGACUUCAGUGAAAAUUGUGUGGACAUGAGUGUAGGGUUAGCGGAUGUUAUUUUUUGUGUUUUAACAUCUGCAGAAUCACAAUGGAUUGGUUAGUGCCCAAACUCGACAGGGUGAGGGCAUCAGUGUUUACCGCGGGAAUCUGAAGAUAUUAUAACACGAAAUGAACAUUGCGUAAUGCCAUUUUAGUAUAAAAUGCAUUAAAACUAAAAAAUGAUCAAUAUAUUGGCCCUAAACAUUGUUAAAUUUCCAUGAAAUGCAUGUGAAUGUCUGCGUUGUUUUUUCACGUUGUCGAUGACAUUACCUUUUGAUAUGUAUCUGUGAUGAGGUCAUAUGUUUACGCUUUGCUAUGGAAUGUGCAUAUAUAAAAAGGUGUUUUAACAGCACACGAGCGUGAGAAUCUCUCCGUUAAAACUAGUGGUAGAGUGCUGGCUUCAAGUGUGGUAGGUUGUUGGUUCACUGCCUGGCUGUGUCCUACCAAAGAUCUGAAAACUGGUACUAGUAGCUUCCUAAAUUGGUGCUAUGCAUUAAGAGGACAGUUCUAUGACUGUUCAGCCAAUUGUUGGUAUAAUAUGAUUUGUUGGUGUAUCUUGUCACAUAUCUGUGUUGUGAUAUUCCAGUUAGGCAUUGUGCUCUAUGUCAUUAUAAGACUGAAAAGUUGUUGAAAAAGUCACUAAACCCGAACACACACGUGUAAUUGUACAACCUUGAGCUGCUGAGUACAUAUCUAUGUUCCAAAGUACUAUGAACACAUGGAAGUAAAAAUCGGAAUAAUCUUUUUAUUGAUUUUCGUGAGGAAUAACAGAAUAUAUAAAGGAAUUAUAUAAAAGCGACAUGUUAAGCUUUAAUAAUUACCUAUAGAUUAUUAACUUUGAAUCGAGAAAUUAUAUGCACCAGUUCAGGAAUGGAAAAUGUGUGCGAUUUUAGGAGUGGCAGUGCAGUAAUAUUUUUUGAAAGAACGAGUCCAUAUUUCUCAAUGCAAAACUGGAUAAUCUUUUUAUUACAUAAUUUAUGCAUCUACACAUAUUAUUAUUGUACAAGUGAUGUAAAUAUUAUUGUUUAUGAUGCAACAGUACGCAUUAAAAUAAUGCAACAAUUGACGUUAAACAGCCAAUAAGAACUCUUGGUCGUUAGUAUGAAAAAAUUUUGACGUCUUAUAUUUGAUUGUAAUUACUUAGAGACUGAAAGUAUUUGUAAUAAUUACAAUUUUGUGGGUGACGUCCACUGUCUGGACAAUACUCCAGUGCUAAUUUAUUGUAAAGAUAUGUGUUUCAUAUUUCCCCCCACAAAUUUAUGACAAAUCAGGUUAGGAAAAUAUAUCAAGGUGUGAUUUUAUGUUGUUUGUUAAAACUUGUGCUUCAAAUGUUUGGGUUGUUAGCUCGACUAUAAGAAGUAUAUGAAGAGCUAUCCUACUCACCCAGGCGUCCGCGUCCUUCCGCGUCCCCACCUUGGUAAAUAAAGUUUUUUUUACUCCUUAUCUCUGUAAUUACUUGAUGGAUUUGUUUUAAACUUAAAAUAGUUAUUCCUUAUCACCACCCACAUUAUGUGGCACAAGAGCCAUAACUCUCACACCAAUAUUUCAUGAAUUAUCUCCCCUUUUUACUAAGAAUUUCAGGUUAAAGUUUUGAUGCACUUUCACUCUAUCUAAAUUAUUCCAGAACGGAUUUGAUUCAAACUGAAAGUAGUUGUUCCACAUAAUCUCCCACAUCAUAUGACACAAGGCCCAUAACUCUGAUACCAAUAUUUAAUGAAUUAUCUCCCCUUUUACUUAGAAUUUCAGGUUAAAGUUUUGAUGCACUUUCACUAUAUUUCAGUUAUUACUAAAUGGAUUUGAUUCAAACUUAAAAAUGUUGUUCAACAUCAUCACUCACAUCAUAUGACACAAGGUGCAUAACUCUUACACCAAUAUUUCAUGAAUUAUCCCCCCUUUUUACUUAGAAUUUCAGGUUAAAGUUUUGAUACACUUUCAGUCAAUCUCAGUUAUUACUAAAUGGAUUUGAUUCAAACUUAAAAAAGUUGUUCCACCUUAUCACCAACAUCGUAUGACACAAGGUGCAUAACACUGGCACCAGUUCUUCACGAAUUAUGCCCCCUUUUACUGAGAAUUAUACUUAUAUAGUGUUUUGAUACACUUUAUCUUCGCCUCUCUUAUUACUUAAUAUUUUUAUGCCCCCGAAGGGAGGCAUAUAGUUUUUGAACCGUCUGUCAGUCUGUCGGUCUGUCAGUCUGUCCGCAAUUUUCGUAUCCGGUCCAUAUCUUUGUCAUCGAUGGAUGGAUUUUCAAAUAACUUGGCAUGAAUGUGUACCACAGUAAGACGACCUGUCGCGCGCAAGACCCAGGUCCGUAGCUCAAAGGUCAAGGUCACACUUAGACGUUAAAGGUCAUUUUUCAUGAUAGUGCAUUCGUGUCCGGUCCAUAUCUUUGUCAUCCAUGGAUGGAUUUUCAAAUAACUUGGCAUGAAUGUGUACCACAGUAAGACGACAUGUCGCGCGCAAGACCCAGGUCCGUAGCUCAAAGGUCAAGGUCACACUUAGACGUUAAAGGUCAGUUUUCAUGAUAAUGCAUUCGUGUCCGGUCUAUAUCUUUGUCAUCCAUGGAUGGAUUUUCAAAUAACUUGGCAUGAAUGUGUACCACAGUAAGACGACGUGUCAUGCACAAGACCCAGGUCCGUAGCUCAAAGGUCAAGGUCACACUUAGACGUUAAAGGUCAUAUUUCAUGAUAGUGCAUUGAUGGGCGUGUCCGGUCCAUAUCUUUGUCAUUCAUGCAUGGAUUUUAAAAUUACUGGGCAUGAAUGUGUACCACAGUAAGACGACGUGUCGCGCGCAAGACCCAGGUCCGUAGGUCAAAGGUCCUAAACUCUAACAUCGGCCAUAACUAUUCAUUCAAAGUGCCAUCGGGGGCAUGUGUCAUCCUAUGGAGACAGCUCUUGUUGAUACAGACUCAAGCUAUUGUGCAAUAUCUUCAUCCACCAUUGGAGUCAUUAAACACUCCAGUGACAGCUCCAGCUUCCUCAGUUGCGCCCAGUUUUACUAUCUAGCAUCGAAAUAGUAGAGCGCGCUGUCUCAUCUGACAGCUCUUGUUUUUUUUUUUUGUAUUUUAGGUAGUGGACGGUAAUGACACAUAAUCUAAUUAUGCAAUUGUUGAUGGAUGCAAACAUGGCUUUCCAUAAAAAAAAGGAGAAUGCCGAAAUCGCAGAGAAUACUUAUUUUUGCUGAUUGUCAUUACGGAUCCACUACUUUAACUAGAAGGAUGAAUGUUAUCUUACUUAUAUAAUUUGCUAUGUGAAUAAAUAAGUGCUUGUUAA